UGUGCGCCGGGGUGUGCGCCCGGCCGGGUGUGCGGAGAGCGAGGGAGCGCGCUCCCUCCCGACGCGCGGGCCGCCGCGGCCGAGCCCGAGGGUGCGCGGCGCCCCCGCCCGCCCGCCCGGCCCGGCCAUGGCCCCCGCCCGGGGCCGCCUGCCCCCCGCGCUCUGGGUCGUCACGGCCGCGGCGGCGGCGGCCACCUGCGUGUCCGCGGCGCGCGGCGAAGUGAAUUUGCUGGACACAUCGACCAUCCACGGGGACUGGGGCUGGCUCACGUAUCCGGCUCAUGGUUGGGACUCCAUCAACGAGGUGGACGAGUCUUUCCAGCCCAUCCACACGUACCAGGUGUGCAAUGUCAUGAGCCCCAACCAGAACAACUGGCUCCGCACGAGCUGGGUUCCCCGCGAUGGCGCCCGGCGCGUCUAUGCCGAGAUCAAGUUUACCCUGCGCGACUGCAACAGCAUGCCCGGCGUGCUGGGCACCUGCAAGGAGACCUUCAACCUCUACUACCUGGAGUCGGACCGCGACCUGGGGGCCAGCACACAAGAAAGCCAGUUCCUCAAAAUCGACACUAUUGCCGCCGACGAGAGCUUCACAGGUGCCGACCUUGGUGUGCGGCGUCUCAAGCUCAACACGGAGGUGCGCGGUGUGGGUCCCCUCAGCAAGCGCGGCUUCUACCUGGCCUUCCAGGACAUCGGUGCCUGCCUGGCCAUCCUCUCUCUCCGCAUCUACUAUAAGAAGUGCCCCGCCAUGGUGCGCAAUCUGGCUGCCUUCUCGGAGGCAGUGACGGGGGCUGACUCUUCCUCACUGGUGGAGGUGCGGGGCCAGUGCGUGCGGCACUCAGAAGAGCGGGACACGCCCAAGAUGUACUGCAGUGCGGAGGGCGAGUGGCUGGUGCCCAUCGGCAAAUGUGUGUGCAGUGCCGGCUACGAGGAGCGGCGGGAUGCCUGUGUGGCCUGUGAGCUGGGCUUCUACAAGUCAGCCCCUGGGGACCAGCUGUGUGCCCGCUGCCCUCCCCACAGCCACUCUGCAGCUCCCGCCGCCCAAGCCUGCCACUGUGACCUCAGCUACUACCGUGCAGCCCUGGACCCGCCGUCCUCAGCCUGCACCCGGCCGCCCUCGGCACCAGUGAACCUGAUCUCCAGUGUGAAUGGGACAUCGGUGACUCUGGAGUGGGCCCCUCCCCUGGACCCAGGUGGCCGCAGUGACAUCACCUACAACGCCGUGUGCCGCCGCUGCCCCUGGGCCUUGAGCCGCUGCGAGGCAUGUGGGAGCGGCACCCGCUUUGUGCCCCAGCAGACAAGCCUGGUGCAGGCCAGCCUACUGGUGGCCAAUCUGCUGGCCCACAUGAACUACUCCUUCUGGAUCGAGGCCGUCAAUGGCGUGUCCGACCUGAGCCCCGAGCCCCGCCGGGCCGCUGUGGUCAACAUCACCACGAACCAGGCAGCCCCAUCCCAGGUGAUGGUGAUCCGGCAAGAGUGGGCAGGGCAGACCAGCGUCUCGCUACUGUGGCAGGAGCCUGAGCAGCCCAACGGCAUCAUCCUGGAGUAUGAGAUCAAGUACUACGAGAAGGACAAGGAGAUGCAGAGCUACUCCACCCUCAAGGCCGUCACCACCAGAGCCACCGUCUCCGGCCUCAAGCCAGGCACGCGCUAUGUGUUCCAGGUCCGAGCCCGCACCUCGGCAGGCUGUGGCCGCUUCAGCCAGGCCAUGGAGGUGGAGACCGGGAAACCCCGGCCCCGCUAUGACACCAGGACCAUUGUCUGGAUCUGCCUGAGUCUCAUCACGGGCCUGGUGGUGCUUCUGCUCCUGCUUAUCUGCAAGAAGAGGCACUGUGGCUACAGCAAGGCCUUCCAGGACUCGGACGAGGAGAAGAUGCACUAUCAGAAUGGACAGGCACCCCCACCUGUCUUCCUACCCCUGCACCACCCCCCGGGAAAGCUCCCAGAGCCCCAGUUCUAUGCGGAACCCCACACCUAUGAGGAGCCGGGCCGGGCGGGCCGCAGUUUCACCCGGGAGAUCGAGGCCUCUAGGAUCUACAUCGAGAAAAUCAUUGGCUCUGGAGAGUCCGGGGAAGUCUGCUACGGGAGGCUGCGGGUGCCAGGGCAGCAGGAUGUGCCUGUGGCCAUCAAGGCCCUCAAAGCCGGCUACACGGAGAGACAGCGGCGGGACUUCCUGAGUGAGGCGUCCAUCAUGGGGCAAUUUGACCACCCCAACGUUAUCCGCCUUGAGGGUGUCGUCACCCGCGGCCGCCUGGCAAUGAUCGUGACGGAGUACAUGGAGAACGGCUCCCUGGACGCCUUCCUGAGGACCCACGACGGGCAGUUCACCAUCAUGCAGCUGGUGGGCAUGCUCAGAGGAGUGGGUGCUGGCAUGCGCUACCUCUCAGACCUGGGCUACGUCCACCGAGACCUGGCCGCCCGCAACGUCUUGGUUGACAGCAACCUGGUCUGCAAGGUGUCUGACUUUGGACUCUCACGGGUGCUGGAGGACGACCCGGAUGCUGCCUACACCACCACGGGUGGGAAGAUCCCCAUCCGCUGGACAGCCCCAGAGGCCAUUGCCUUCCGCACCUUCUCCUCAGCCAGCGACGUGUGGAGCUUCGGUGUGGUCAUGUGGGAGGUGCUGGCCUAUGGGGAGCGGCCCUACUGGAACAUGACCAACCGGGAUGUCAUCAGCUCCGUGGAGGAGGGGUACCGCCUGCCCGCACCCAUGGGCUGCCCCCACGCCCUGCACCAGCUCAUGCUCGACUGCUGGCACAAGGACCGGGCGCAGCGGCCUCGCUUCUCCCAGAUUGUCAGUGUCCUCGACGCGCUGAUCCGCAGCCCCGAGAGUCUCAGGGCCACCGCCACUGUCAGCAGGUGCCCACCCCCUGCCUUCGCCCGGAGCUGCUUUGACCUCCGAGGGGGCAGCGGUGGCGGCGGGGGCCUCACCGUGGGGGACUGGCUGGACUCCAUCCGCAUGGGCCGGUACCGAGACCACUUCGCUGCGGGCGGCUACUCCUCUCUGGGCAUGGUGCUACGCAUGAACGCCCAAGACGUGCGUGCCCUGGGCAUCACCCUCAUGGGUCACCAGAAGAAGAUCCUGGGCAGCAUUCAGACCAUGCGGGCCCAGCUGACCAGCACCCAGGGGCCCUGCCGGCACCUCUGAUGCACAGCCGACAGGGCCCAGG